CGUUCCGCGCGGGGUGGUCAAGCGAGAGUGAGAGAGGAAAAAAAAAAAGGGGUGAACGCGAGAGGGGCGAGAGGCCUCGGGAGCCUUUUUAUGCCGCCGCUGUCUCUUCAUGAUGUACCGUCCCGGUUGCGGCCGCUCGAGCAUGAUCGCCUCCAGCCGGCCCAAAGAGAACAGCAGCUCAGGCUCCCGAUGUUCCCGGUCCGGUGCUUCGGCCACCCUGACCACUGGGUCAGGUCGAGGCCGUAGCCCGCGCCGCUCCCGUUCUCCGUCUCCCCGGGGCCGCCGGCACCACCGCUCGCCGUCCAGCGGUCACUCUUCCCGUCGCUCGCCUUCCCCUCGUCGCAGUAGCAGGAGACAUUCCCCAGGUCAACGCUCACAUUCCCCAGGUCGGCACCCACGUUCCCCAGGUCGGCGUUCACGUUCUCCAGGUCGGCGUUCUAGAAGUCAACAUUCUGAAUCUUCGGUGGAACAGAAUUUGCGGAUCACUGUUGGCAAUGAUCGUUAUGGUAUUGAUACACCUGAGAGAAAGAGGUUGUGUGACAGACUGGGCUCACCAGUUGAUAGCCUGAGUGAUGUGGAUAGGGAUGAUUUGGCUGAUGGACCAAUAUUUAGCAGAAGCCUUUUACGUCGUCGGAGCCUUGAGAGAUAUCCUUCUCGUGAGGAAAAUCAGGCUAGUCCUUACAGUAGGAGACAUGAUGAUGACUAUCACAAUAGGGAUGUUUUCCUCCAUCAAUCAGACUAUAGCAUGAACUAUGAGAAUAAGCGAAGAGAAACUGAUAGGGAAGGUGAACUACUUAGAAAAUCCUUAUAUGCAUUGGACGAUAGAGGGCGGGAGCCAAAACGACCUCGAUAUGACAGAAAUGACAGAUUACUUGACAUGAACACGGAACCACAAGGUUUCUUGUCAGGAACACGAAAAUACCGUAAACGAAGUUUUAGUAGAAGUCCAAGUCCAACAUAUCUCAAUGAAGAUUUUCGCGAACUUGAAAGUGCUAGAAGGAAAAGAAAAGAAGAGGAACUGAGCAGAAAUCUGAGUCGGGAACUAUCAGGCAAUAGCUAUGCGAUGACUGGUUCAACUAAUCCAACGAAAUCUUCUGAACCUCAGUACCAUUAUAGACCUGAUGAGGCACCAGCAAUGCCCAAAAAAUCUAUUUUGAAGAAACGUGUGGAUGAUCAUCCUGUACAGCCUGAAGUCUUUUCUAGCGGUUCUUCCUCUAUUAAAGAUCCCCCACUUCUUUCAAAUCAUUCUUUGCCCCAGCGUAGUAGCGUUGCUCCUUUUUCAUUGGAGGUAGAGAAUUUCCUCAAACAAUUCAACAAAAGUGCAGUUGCAGAGUCUACCAGUAAGGAAACUCAAGGCAGUGAACCUGACUGGAGACCAUUUUCUGGUCCACAUCAAAAUACUCUUCCUACUGAGCAAAACUCUGAAAAUUUUCUAAAACAAAAAGAGUCUCAUGAGUCAACAUCAGAGUCUGUUGACCAGCCUGGUGAUUUCCUGCUUCCUCAUGAAAGAGCCAGCCAGGAUGGAAGUGGCUUUUCACGCAUUCUGGGCAUUUUGGGAGUCAUGGCAGACUCUAAUAAUAUGGAAGAAAAAAAAAGGAACAGUUUUCCUGAUGACCUUGAGGAUGAAGAGAAAUUUCUUUAUGGUGAUGAUGAUGACGAUUGUAAUACCAGCUCUCCAUCUCCUCAAAAGCUAACAUUGAGUGAUGAGAAGGAAUCUGUAAGUCAAAAAGUAGGUUCUCCACCUCCUUCAACUGUAAAACCAAAACCAUUAGAUGAAUCCAGACCAGAGUAUGAGAAGAUUCAUAGUUUGCUUAAAACUAUUGGUCUUGACAUUGGGGUGGCCGAAAUAGGUAAACUUGCUACUCGUACUCAGGAACGUCUUCAUGGAAAAAAGUCAUCUCGUUCACCUGAUCGCUAUUCAGUAGCUUCUUCCAAACCAGAAAUGUGGGAGAGGCGUCGCAAUCGCAGUGAAACUUAUUCUCCCGAAUCAAACCAGAAGCACUCUCUCUCACCUACUAGUUCUUAUCCAUUAUCUAAAGUUAGAUCCUCUGUUACAAAAUCUGAGCACAAUACAAGCAAAAUGUUAGGACGAGAUAAUCCUCCUGACACAGUUGAGCAGUCUGUUCCUCCACUAUCUCUAAUUCCAUCAGCUCCACCAUCUCUUCCUAAUUUGUCACCUACACCCACCUCUGUUUCCCAAUACAGACUUCCAAGCUUUUCACCUUUUCCUACACCACAGUUGCCACAAAACUAUCCUUCUCCCACAAUGGCCCCUCCUGGCUAUGAUGCGUAUGGACACUACAUGGCUUAUGCAGCUUCUGGCUGGCCCAUGUAUGCUCAGCAGACUGACCCUGGGCUUACAGAUAUGCAUGGACUUGUCACACUAACAGUGCCAUCAAAUCCAACACGGCCCAAUCUUAGAGUUAUUGAGACAGUUUCCACAGCCAAAGGGACUCCUGAUACCAAAAGAGAUGACUCUGUGCUUGUGCAAAUCCCUACAGUAGCUUCUUAUUCAAAAUUACACCCUCAGUUCUCUCAACCUUCAUUAAGAGGUUCCAAGGAAAGAAUACCUGAUGAAAAAAAUCGAGCUUCUAGGAAACAAAAGGUAGUAGAAGAAAUUGAGAAGUUGAAAGCUGAACAGGAAGCACGGCAAAAAAAACUACAUUAUCUCAGAGCUGAAUUAAACAGACUUUCAAAACAACAAGGGGAAUUGCUUCGGAAGAAACGGAGGGAGAAGGAUGGACACAAAGACCCUUUACUAAUAGAAGUCAACCGACUGCAAGAUAACAUUGCGAAGGAAAUAGCUCAGCUGAAGAUGAAUGCUGAUGCUGCAGAGAAGAAACAAUCUGAACUUGACAAGGUAGCCCAGAUCCUGGGGAUUAAUAUUUUUGAGAAAUCCCGGAAACUAUCUUCAGAAAGUAAAGAGUCUUCAGAAAAUGCAAGGACUCAGGAGAAAACUUCUGAUCUAGUCAAGGAACCAAAAACUAAUAGUGACAGAUUCAAGGAAAAGAGUCCUAAGCCUAUGGAAUCAUCUUCACAGCCAUUGCAAGGGACCAGUAUUUAUGACUACUAUGAUACAGGGAAUCAUUGGUGUAAAGAUUGCAAUACUACCUGUGGAACUAUGUUUGAUUUCUUCACACAUAUGCAUAAUAAGAAACAUAGACAGACCCUGGAUCCAUAUAAUAGACCCUGGGCAGCAAAGACUCAAAAUGAAACAAAGCAGGAAGUCACAAAACGAAUUGACAAAAUACCUGUUCCAGCCAAAGGUUCUGAAUUUCUUAUCCCAGUCACUGGAUACUACUGCCAACUCUGCAGCGAAUUCUUUGGAGACCAGAUAUCAGCAGAACAACACGUCAAAAGUCAUCUACAUAAUGAGAAAUAUAAGAAACAUGUGGAUGAGAAUCCUCUGUAUGAAGAAAGGCGGAAUCUGGAUCAUCAGGCAGGAUUGUCUGUGAUUCAGGAAACUGAACGCAGGCUGAGACGGAAACUGUGUGAAAAACAAAAAGAGGAAAAUGAUGAGAAGACAACAAAAACAGCAAAGAAAGAAGAAACAAAGAAUAUCAAAGAAUUAGGGGAUGGGAAUAAUGAAUGUGAAAUUAGUAAAAGGAAAGAAACCCCUAAUGGUGAAAAAUGUGGGAUUAAACUUAAAUUGAAGAAAGAUGACAAAGAAAUGGAGAAGGAAGAGAGAAAAGAGGAAUCUGAAAAGGAGUCAAAACUAACCACUUUUGGAAAAUUCAGUUGGCGAAAGAGUGAGAGAGAUGAGAAAAAUCAGGGGAAAGAUAUAGCAGCUUCUAAAGAAGAGAGCCCUGAGGAAGGUAAAGAUAAAGAAAAUAAGUCCCAAUCUGGAAAGCAAAAUUCAAAACCCAUUGCAAUUAAGUUAUCUGGAAAAACCGUCAUUCCACAUACAAGCCCCUGGACACCAGUUGUUUCAACUUCAUCGCAAACCAAAAUCCGCCCCAAUCUACCAAUCCCAGUGAUGGUUCUAAGGAAGACUGCAGUUACAACAGUAAGCAAGCCAGCACCCCUAAAUACUUUUUUGUCUAUAAAAUCUUCUGGUACCACUGCCAAACCUCUGCCAGUUGUCAAAGAGGGAAAUCCAGACAUUGUCUUGCCACCAGAUAUUAUAUCAAAAGCAUUUGGGGGAGAAGUAGUAGUUUUAAAGGGAUCACAGGAGGAUAUAAAAGAAGAAGCAGAAGAAGGUGAGCAUGAAAGUGAGACAAAGCCUGUGGAACAUGCAAAUGUAACGAAGGCCCAGGAGCAUGCAGAGGUAGUGGCCAAAGCUCAGGUAAAGGCACGGGAACUUGCAGCAAUGGUGAAAGAACAAGAUGUCUCGCACAUGACAAAAGCAAAUGAGCAAUUACUUGAGAAGCCACAUAGGCGCCCUCCUCUACUGCCACUGCCUCCAGGACCACCACUGUCACUACCUGUACCACAGCCACCACCGAUUGUAUUUGCUCCUCCACCUCCUCUGCCACCAAAACAACUGGUUAUCCUGGCAGAUGAUAUGGCACCUGGUGUAUCCGAGGAUGAUAAGAACAUAUUGGAGAUGCCAAUGUGUCCUCGCCCCUUGCCACCUCCAGCUGUUUUUGGGGAGCAUGUUAAAAAAUUAAAGAAAAAUAACUCUUCUCUGGCUGCAGGCAAUGCUAAAGAUCUAUAUGACAUUUUUUACAACAGUAGUGGGAGGAAUCCAGCUGAGAGCAAGCUAGUAAAUUCUGUAAUUUUAGAAAAAGAAAAAUUGAAUCUUACUGAGAAGGAGAAAAAUACAAGUCUACAGGUAAAUUCCAAGCCAAGUUGUAAUCCUUUUUCAGAGGAAUUUCUUUGCAAUGUGUACACUUCCUCAGCUAGCAACCCAGAAACAGAGGAAGUAAAAGAUGAGAAAACAAUGACAAUUGAUGAAAUUACUGAAAUCAAAACCAGUGUUGAGGGGGACCUAGAAAAAGUCUCAUUUUCAGAUAUGCCGUCUACAUUGUCAGAAGCAGAUGAUUUAGCAAGAACUACCUCUUAUCCAUUCCAUAAUGAGGAAGAAGUGGGAAUUCCUGUUCCAUCUGAAUUUAACAAGAAAUCAUUUAAACCCGAGAAAAGUGAGUUAGCUGUCCAGAUAGAAAAAAUGGGACCUCUUCUUUUAGAUGGCUUUAAUGAGCCAUCUGUCAGCCUUGAGACAACAGAACAUGAAAUUUCUGAUGAUCGAUCUGACACGCAAUUAUCAGAAAUCUCCAACAAUCUUCCAGAAACUGUCUCUGAUUCUGUGCAAAAUGACAGUUAUUCUAAAGAAUUAUCCAUUGAUAUAAAACUAGACACUAAGGAAUGCAAUAGUGGGAAAAGUCCUCAGCCUUCCAAGGUUCAGUAUUCAGAUUCAGAGCUAAACAAAGUUGAAUUAGACUCUUUCCUUACAAACAAUGAUCAAGAGGAUUUGAAUGGUACUCAGUUAAAGGAUGGUGAGGAUUUCAGUGUAGUUAACAUUCUAGAAUCUGAAGAGAUUACAAAUGAGAACUUUGUUAAUGUAACAACAAUAAGUACCACAGAAGAGAAAUAUGAACAAGCCAAUCCAUUUCCAUUAAGCUGUGAAACCAAGGAACUCCAAAUGGAAAAAACAGAAGUGUUGGAUAGUAUUUCUUCUACAAAUGAAAUUAAACCUAGUUAUGUGGAAUUCAUGUUUAUAGAACAUGAUACACAAAAAUCACCUGCCUCUGAUUUGGAAUUAAGUGGCACUGAAGAGAGAAGAACUAUAGAAACAGAAAGUGCUAAUUUUUCAACACUUCAGCCAGAAAUGGGCCAAGAAUCACUUGAUCCUCUUCCAACAGAAAUCAGUAUUGGGCAUCUUGGAGAGGUGACCCUUUCCUUCACAGAUUUGAAUACUGAAGUAUUGAAUACCUCAACAGCUGAUAAUUUUGACUUAAACAAUACAUAUCCAGAACUUAGUUUUGAACAGUCUACUACUUUUUGUCUGGAUUUAGAAACUGAAGGAGUCUCUCCAAAAUCUGAUGAAAUAAAGGCUAUGGAUUCUUCCAGAUUGAAACCAAAUUUGGAAUUACAAACCAUUGAUUUCACUCUGGGAAAUAUUACAGUAGAACAUGAAGUGGUGGAUAUUCUGCCAACUGAAAUUUUAAAUGAGGACAAUGUAGACAGUCCAAAGUUAGAAAUGGUUGCACCUAUCUGUUUAGAGUCUAGCAAAAUGAGCGAGUUGGACACUGACCAACCAGUGAUCGAAUCAGAAAUAAUUAAUUUUGUUGCAUUUACCUCUGAUGAUCAAGAGGAGAAGUUUUGCUCGGUGGUUUCAGAUGCAAUUAUUCCACAUGUGGUGUCUUCUGCAUCGAAAGGUGACAUGGCAGAAGUAAGCAUGCCCCUUGUUCAAUUGCAGGAUAUGUCUUCUGUUUCCAUGCCCCAACCCCCAUAUAGUAGCAAAGGAGACACGCCUGACCAGCUGCUGUGGAGCAGUGGUGGGGAAAAUAUCCAAAACCAAACUGUGACAUGCAUGGAAUCCAUCCUUCCAAAACUAAAGGAAUCUGGAGAAGUGGGGGGUUCAGGUGACAGUGAAAUGUAUACACUUAAGAAUCAGAUGCAGACUUCCAUAGAUAAACUGACAAAGCCAGAGGAAGAGAAGAAUGAUGAUAAAUGUGAAGUUAAAAAUAAGUUGGCUUCAGAAGUAACUGACAAAUCUGCAGAGCACCUGGUAAGUACAGACAAAAUUGUUCAAAAUCUUUAAGCAGCAAUUGUUGAAAUUUUGUAAAUAUUAUAUUUUAGCUUAAUAAGUUGAAAAUUUAUAACUUGCAAAUAGUCUUUUGUAAAAAAAAUAAUCUAAAAUUCUGGCUAAACUGUAAAGUAUAUUGUAUAUAUCUGAUUGUGUAAAAUAUUUCUUUUUCAGUCUUGGACUUCCAGCCAUUAAAAAUGGAUUUCUCAUCCGUAGUAUGCAUUUCAGCUAUGGUUUGGUUUUUUUUAAUUAUUAUUUCUGUAAAACUGUGACUACUUUUUACAUUUUUCUUUGACUUUUUAUGGUUUCUGAUUUAUACAGCUUUUGUAAAUAACAUUCCAAGUGCAACACUGACAAGUGCAAGGACAGGUGUUCAGGACUUGACAAAAAAAGAAGGCUCUUGAGCAGAAAGUUUCUUUGAAACGUUUUGCAUGUUUCAUUGCACAAACUGUAAAAUGCAUGAAAAGUGUUCUGCAUUUUUCAUCAUGCAGAAGAUUGUUCUGCAUCUUUUACUUGUUAUUAUCUUGUUGAACUACACCUGUAAUCAAGACUGUGAUGCCAUAUUGUAUAAAAUCCUGUUUGGAUGCCAUCUCACUGAGCAAAGGAGAAAUAUCUAUCAAGUCACUUUUGGAGAAAGAAAAUCUUUGGUAAGGCUGUGGCCCAUCAAUUGGACUCUGCAUAUUGAGGUCACUUGCAUGAUUUAAAAAUCACAUUUUAUUUUACUACAUUGUGGUACAGUUAACUGUUUGUGUUAAAUUGUUUAGCAGCUGCCUAACUCAGAAGAAAUGGAAGAUCUGAAUUUUGCUCUCUGGAUUGGAUUUCCAUCAUAUAACCAGACAAUACAUGCCUGAAUGAAUCCCUGAGCUACAAAAAUACUGUUGUGUGAAGGUUUUCAGUUAUACAACUUGUCAAGAAACGCAGUGAUGUUUGCAUGGAUUUAUCUAAAAGGUUAUAUCUGUAAAUCUAAAAUAAACCCAUGAUGAGCUGCGACAUGAUAAAUAUUUCUUCUGUGUUUUUCUUAUGUCUGCUUAAUAAUGUUUGAAUUCUGUGGUUGACAUAAAGCUGAUAAAAGUCUUCAAGUUUUUCAUUUUUCAAAUUCACCUGAUCAGUUUCUUAAGAGAAAACGUUGUUUAAACAUUGCAAAGAAUUAUAUACUUUCCAUUUUAAAAUAAAAAGUAAAACUAAACUUGUUUUGAAUUUUAAAUAUACUGGUUCAUCAUACAAGAUCAGUGUGGAUAGAACAUGUGAAAUACCUUGUAAAUACAAGAAAAAAAUACUUUGGUGGAAAUAAAAUGGCAAUCUUAGAAAUCAUUUCCUGUGAAUGCAUAGACCUCUAAAUUAUGAAAUGUUACUCAAUCUACAGUGCUUUGCUAACAACUUUCUUUUUGAGUCUUGGCUCCUGGCACCUACAUGUAUAAAUCUUUGCAGUUUUCAUAGCAACAUUUUUGAAAACUGAUUUGCCAUUGACCUAUUCCUAGAGCUAAGAGAGAAUGGCUGGCCCAAAGUAUCCUAGCUAGCUUUAUGCCUAAGUCAGUAAUAGAAUUAAUAGUUUCUUCAUUUCAAGACCAAUCAGAAUUUAGGUCCUAGUUAGUAACCAGAGGUGAUCAAAAUAGCACAUGGUAACCAAUGAUAGAAAUGAUCAGAUGUAGGAUAGCAUAAAGUCAGAAAUAUAGCUAAGAUGUAAUUGUCUGUUUGCAUCAAGGUAGCUAGGAGUCAUGUGGCCAGCUCUGUUGGUUUAAUUGUACAAUUGUUGAACAUGCCUGAAUAAAAUGUAUUCAUUUAAUAAAUAUUUAUAUCCUGCUCAAUCCAGCAAGAUUCAAAAUAACUUACACAUUACAGUAAUGUAGCAAUAAUGAUAGCAAAACAAAAUUACAACUUCAUGAGAUGCUGUGGCUUGCACCCCACAUACUAGGUCAACUUGUUAAGCAUGGAAUGCCAGUAAGUAAAUGAGUGUAAAUCUGUUCAUCUUUCACUGUUUUGUUGCAUACUGCUGAUGGUUUAAGGGUUGUUUAAAGAAGCAAGUUAAAUAUACAAUGUUAUUCUAAUAAAAUUAUUACAUUCCCUAGCAUUAUCCUACCAAUGUACUAAAUGUACAACCUUUUCUUCUCCUUUCAGUAACUUUUUGUAACGUUUACAAUAAGGCUUUGAAGCAUAUUAGAUUAAGAGAUGGCAACUGGCCCAAGGCCAGGCAUUGAGCUAGUGUCUCCCCAGUCUCAGUCUAGGACUAUAUUCAUUACAUAACACAGGGUUUAUAAUUUCUCAUAUUCUGGAUCAGAUUAUUACAGCAAUCUCUUCCACGAUAUGCAAAAGGCCCUCGCUUAUUAACCUGUACGAAAGUCAUUAAACUUUUGCUCUCCCCCAUGCAUUCAAGGCCAGUUGAGUCAGUCCCCCUGUAGUUGUGUGUUUGGUAGUCACUUAUUGUUUGUAUUUAUAUACAGUCUAGUUUUUGUUUCAAGUGUGUUAUUUAUUGUAUACUUUUAUUAUUUAUGAGUUGGGAGGCCUUAUACAUGCUAAAAAUAAAUAAUCUGGACUAAGGUCUCAAGAUUCUGAGUAAAAUUCCUACUCGUUUUAUUACAUAUUAUAUGCAUAUUCUACUUCAUAAAUAAUAUACCUUCUGUUCUAUUCUAUUCUACUUCAUUUACAUAUAAGCAAGCAAGCUUCAAGAGAAAAAUCAUCAUCCUUUAGUCCAUAAUAAUCCAGGGAUGAGUAUAGUUACAAAGAAACAAGUAUGGAUAAUAAGCAGUAACUGCAGAUAGAAGGGUCAAUGAGAGAAAAAUCCAGAAAAAUUGGUAAAUAUAAAAUACUUUCAAAUGGACAAGCAAAUGUGGACAAUAAUAAUGUUGGUUGCGGCAAUAGUGGUUGAUGUAUUUGAUGCUGUAUCAAAAGAUCUGAGAUUGGAUACAAUAUGAAUGGACAAUCUCAGCUCAUCAAUUACAAAAAAGCAUUAUUUGGAAGAGUACAUAUAUUGAACAAUAUCCUAGAUCCUUGGGAAGUAUCCAGUAGUCAAAAAUAUCAAGUCUAAUCAGAACCAUUGGCUUAGGUUACUUUUAAACAUUUAAAC